UACAAUAUCAUACCAAUUAAAUAAUAUAUUAAAACAGUCUCAUGCUGUCUAUCAUAUUGACGGUGACGAUUAUUUCUGAUUUUGUCGUCAGCCUAUCAACGACGCAGAAAGAGAGCCCCGUCUGUAAAGAUGAAGCAACCAGGAAGCGUUCCAGCAAUUUAAGCGUUGCUGAAAGCAAUGUUUGUUAUGAAACUACUGGGCACCACCCUGGGGAAAGCGACCGGGCUCUUAACUGUCGUAAUUGUUGUUAUUGCAGCGGUUUUGAAUUAUUUCGACGACCCCGAUCCGGUUAAAUACAUCAGCAUGGCUGAGGACAUGAAGACAAUGGAGGAAAACUUCAGGCAGCAAAAUAAAAGUUGUUUCAUCCUUGGUGCCUCUGGGGAAACAGGCAAGCUGUUGCUUCAAGAGUUGCUAGAGCGCAACAUCUUCUCCAAGAUUACUCUCAUCGGAAGGAGACAGCUCAUGUUUGAGGGCAAAGCAUAUGAAAACCUGGCACAAGAGGUGGUGGACUUUGAGAAGCUUGAUGAUUAUGCUGCUGCCUUCCAGGGCCAUGAUGUUGGCUACUGCUGCCUGGGAACAACUAGAGCGAAAGCAGGGGCUGAAGGAUUCAUCCGCGUUGAUCAUGAUUAUGUUCUAAAGUCAGCAGAGCUUGCCAAGUCAGGAGGCUGCACACAGUUCCACCUGGAAUCCUCCAGAGGAGCCGAUAAAAACAGCAACUUCCUCUACCUCAAAGUCAAAGGACAAGUGGAAGCAGAUAUUGAGGCACUAGGUUUUGACAGAUAUUCCAUUUACAGACCAGGGGUUUUGUUGGUAGAUAGGCGGGAGAGUCGGCCUAGCGAGUGGUUGGCCAGGAAAUUCUUCAGUGCCUUUUCUGCUGUGUGUUCUACAUCCAUGUCCAUACCAAUCCAAGUGGUGGCAAAAGCAAUGGUGUCAAACACUUUGCUUCAACCUGAGCAGAAGACUGAGAUCCUGGAGAACGGAGCCAUCGCCAGUCUGGGAAAGAGCACAGGGAAAUAAGAGAGCAGAAAUACACUGAGGUAAUUUCAGCAGAUAUACAGAGAUGACUACAUGAUCAUGUCAAAGGAUUUUCACAUUCACAUUAAUUUAUCCAUUGAUUUUGCAACUGUCAGAAAACCAAAGGGUGUUUCUAUGAAAAGUACUUGACUGAACUGGGUUUGCCAGAUUCCUUAUGGAGAAGACAACCUGUGAAGUUAGAAAAAUAUUUGGGUUUAAUUUCUUUGGUCUUUAAUGAUACUGUAUUGAUAUUGUCAUCAGGGAACUUUUGACAGGCUUUUGAUGUUUACCAUUUGUGCUCUGAGACAACACUGAACAACUGCCUUAAAGUAAAUGCUUGAGUUUAUUCUACACUAAAUUAAAAUAUUGGGUGUUUUGAACAUGUUUUCAUUACAUUUUUAUUAAUAUUUAACUGUGUGUUUGAUUUAUGGUUGUAUCACUAUUAAUAAUAUCCAAGGUCUGUGCUAUACCACAUCUCUGCGGUAAAAAUUGCACAGUAUAUGCGCUAUAUUACCGGUAAUAUACAGUUAUUGUUCAUUUUAGAUUUAACAGUAUCUGUAACAUGCAGAUACAAUGCAAUCUGUUUAAGAUAUGACUUUCCAUUUUUACAGUGGUACCAGCAAUGGAACAACUUAGAAUAAAUUUUUCCAAAGCUAGAUGAUGGUUCUAUAAGUAUAGUUACCAAUUUAAAAGGUCUUAAAAGUCCUUGCCCCUCUCUUUCUCUCUCAAAGAUAGAUAUCAUCUUGGAACCAACUUAAAUUAUGCAUGUGCUUGCAAUGAUCCAGAUUACUACUUUUUUCAUUUUCCGGUGUCCUUUCCGGUGUUUUCAUGCAUUUCGUUGCUCUGUGUAAAAGUACUUUGAAUUGCCUGUGUAUUUGAGAGAUGUUGAAAUAAACUUGCCUUCUCUCACUUA